UACCUGGAUGAGUGUUGCUAGGGCUAGUGGAAAAAAAGUUGUCUGCAGAAGAGGCUCUCAGAAAUUCGGGGUAUCCAAAAAUUAUUCCCAAAAGUACCCAUUUAAUGUGUCAGAGUCAUUUCUUGUGAAUUUCCUUGACUUUGAGAACUAUUUCUGACUCUCGGCAACAUUGUGUUUUAUUUCUUUGGCAGUUCCACUUGUUUUGAUAUCUGCUCCAUCGAUUAAUGAAUUCUCUAACAAUUUUCACGUUCUUCUACUCAAUUGACGCUUAAUGGCAACAUUUGCAUUAUUCCAUCAGAAAAUACUUACUGAAUACUCUAAAAAUAGUUUUUUUCGGAUAAGGGGCUUAAAGUGAAAGAAAGUCUGUAAAUUGGCCAAUUUCAGUAAUUGAAUGGCUCGUAAUGCACGGAAUUAUUUGGAAGUAAACUAGUAGUAAUUGAUGAGAAAUGAAUUUAGGCAAAAAAUUACACCAUUGAACUUGCAAAUUCUAAAUUGGAUUCAACGUGUAGUUCAACUUAAUUAUUUGCACAUGUGGCCAGGAAGUAUUUCAUGGUUCAAAUUCCACAGAGUAAACUAUUUAGAAUUAUCAGAGAUAGUGGUAAAACGGUGUGAAAUAGAGACUUGGACCCCAUAUUUGACCUUCAUAUCACUAACAUGACCUUCAACCUUUUCCCCCCAAAAACAAGUUCUCUUGAACCAUUUUGUAAACGCGUCGUGAGAUUAAGAAACAAAAUUUUUUUUAAUUUCAGAGAGGUUAUCUGGACAGAUUUUUCGCUCACAUAUAACCUAAUACAUAAUAACCUAAAACUAUUCCGUCUAACGAUUUCGCAAUGUCAAAGGGAACAGUCCUAGAAAGGAAAUUAAGGAGACGAUAGGAAUGAAGUUGUAAAAUCAUUUAAAAGAUCCUUAGAGUCGGAACAAGUUUGAUUUGGUUCCUUUCGUUUCCAACUAUUGAUAUUUAUAAAAUUGUACUAUUUUGACCUGCAAAAUCAUGAAAAGGUUCUAAAGUGGGUUUUAAAUUCGUUCAAAUUGAUUUUUAAGCUUUUAAAAUUAAAUUAGAUCGAAAAGAAACUCAGUUAUAGAAGGUUGGACUGUUUUACAAUAUUGUGAUUGUUUUUACAACAGUCUAAAAAGUCUAAAAAGACAUCCAUGUAUAACAUGUUUCAUCUAAGUAUUGGCUCUUUAGAAUCAUUUUAAAUUCUUGGGAAAAAAAGUGCGGAUUAAUAAAUAUGUGCAGAAUUGUAAAUUUUAAAAUUCAAAAUGAUAAAUUUAAAUUUUCGUUUAUUAAAAGAAUAAACCACAGUAUAGCGUUCAAGUUCAACCCUCUAAUAAAUCCGUUGCAAAAGUUAAAUAGCAGUAAAGGAACAAAAGAAAAGGAUAAAGACAGCAAUGCGUGGGCCUAGAAUUAAAACAAUUCGGAAUACUCGUCAGGCAGCGUCCUGGGAAAGAGAAUUAAAUAGAUUUACUCCUAUAAUGAAAAUUGUUUGAAAGAAUAUCUUCUGCAUCUCCCUAGGCAAUAAGAAUUUUCUAACAUUUACAAAACCAUCUCCGGAAGAGGAAAAUCAGGAAGAUACGUGAUUGUUAUUGGACGAUACAGAAAGAUAUUUUGCAAAAAUGCCACUUGAAUUUGAAUGUACGGUUUUAAAAUUUAUUAAUAAUAUUUUCUGCGAAAUAUGGAUUUCAAUUUCAGUUAAAAUUAAUUAAAAAGAUAUGACAAAGCCUUUCAGCUUUGCAGAAUGCUCGAACACACGAGAUUGUGCUCUCCUUGGAUUAUUUUUUCACAUGGUCAUUUGGUACUUACUGGUCUACUAGAGAUCAAAUUGAUUCACAUAUCAUAGAAGCAAUUCAAAAUCGGAAAUUGAUAAAGAAGUGGUCUUUCUAGAAUGUUCUGGCAUGAGUUACAAGAGUUAAAAACGAGAAAGAUAGGUUAUUCGCGGAUAAUUAACCGAUUCAUUAUAGAUUUCAAGGCCUUUCCAAAAAAUCUAAAAAUGUUUAAGCUUCAGGACGGUAACAAAAUAAAAAAGGCGGUUUACUCUCUCUGAGUUCGAGUAAUAAAAAAUGCUGAUCAAAAAUUACAACUGGACAAAAUUUAGAAUAGUAUUUUUUACUACUAUCAAUCAUAUAUAUUGAACACGAGUUAACAACACUUUGAAGCUAUCUAAAACCUGAAAUUUGUCCACGAUUCUCCACUAAACUCGAAUAAUUCGUAUUUUUAAAAGAAAGUUACUGAUUUUAGUUAUUAUGGGGCUCAUCUCCCUGAAAGGAGUAAAAUUUGAAAUGUUGCGAAAAAUCAAACUGAUCUUUUGGAAACCGAUUUACCCUGUCCUACGCUCGAAGUCUGUAUUCAUUUAAAAAGUCACAAGUAAGUCAUAAGUUGAAGCAUUCUGCAAAAUGCUUUCACUUGGUCAACCCUUUCUUUUACGGAAGGGAAAUCAAUCUUUGGCUAUGAUGAAGGAAAGAACAACCCUGAAUGAUUUAUUAGAAAAUAAAUUACGUUUUCAUAUUAUUAGCCAGUAGCAAACUCCUUCAGCUAUUUCAUAUCAUUCUCAUAUAUUGUUUUCUUAUUUCGUUCUCAACUCCACCAUAUGAGUUUUCCUCCCUGAAGGUUUUUCCUUAUAGUCGAUUAUUUAUAGUUUUAAUGUUGGAGAAAAGAAUUGAUGAAGAAAAUUGGGUCAGGAUAUGAUCGGAAGUGAAGCAAUUUUACUCCCAAUUAAUUUGAUCUCAAUUGAAUUAUUUGGGUGGGGUAUGGAUUGUGGUAAAUUCCAAUGGGAGAUUCCUUCUAUCGCCAAAUGACGCACUGUCUUCUGACACAAAAACUUAUAGGAUUUACUGUCUCUAAUACUUUUGAGUGCUUUGAAGAGACACUUUUUUUUGCUCAAUUGUCUCGAAAUAGAAAAUUAAACAUGAGUUUGAAGAUGAAGAAACCCAGUGGCUAUUUUUGGCAUUAAAAUUUCUUUUUGAAACCAUUCACUUUUGAGUGUCGUUGAGGAAAUUUCAGUGUUCGUCUUAUGUUGAAAAUUCCUCAACACGAAUUUCUCACUCUCUCUGAAUUAGUGAAUGCUGAAAAAUUUUUGCCAACGCAUCUCUGUGUCAUUGUGAACAUUUUCCAUUUGCAUUUUCAUUUGUGUUUGUUGGCAAUUUUGUCUCAUUUUCCAUCUUCCUUUUCAGCACCAAAAAUAGAAUCCACUUCAGAAGAGAACACUUUUUCACUCUUCCAACUUCUAUAAAAGUUUUCUAAACAUUUUUUAAAUGAUUUUUACAAUGAAAUUAUCGCAGAAAUCAGUCAAAUAUAUGACAAAACUUUUUUUUAUUGCUUGAACUCAACAGAGCAAGAGACAUAACACCACUAUUUUUUAUAUUUUCGCCUUCUAUUUUUAACGACGCGUUGUUAGUCUGUCGGUUGGGCUAGAGCAAAACAGUUAAAGAUAGUGACUUUGGGUCUUUGAGGAUAUCUAUCUAUAAUUUGACUGUCGCGUCAAAUUAUGAUCGCAAGUUUUCCAUAAAACUUACCUGUUUUGCCGUUUCAUUUCUCUUGUAAAAUGUUGGUCGAAUGGAUAUAGAAUUGAAGUCAACAUACUAUCUUGGGGUAUUUUCAAAGACGUUUGUCAUGUGUUUGCUGAAUUGUAAGAAAAAAACAAAUAGAAAAGUCCUCUUUCAAUAAAAAUAUUGGUUAUUUUACAAAAUUAAAAAGUUUUUGGCAAACUUGUAAAAAAUCUUAUAAACUUUUCCGAGUACAAUUUUUCUCGUUGCAAAAUUCAUCUCUUAAAGAAGCAAAGGAAUAUCUAAUGAUAGAUGGUGUUUGUAUGUGGAGUCUCUACAGUUCUUCAGGAAAUUUUAUCCAUCUCUCUUCCAUCCAUUUCAUUCCUUUUUUUCCCUCAGUUCUCAUUCGACUUUUAAAUCAUUCCUUCAUGCUCGAAUUUUCUCAUUUCACACACAAACAUUCACCCAUAAACAUUGCAAUUACAGAAUGUUUGAGAUGAUCACCAGAAGCGUCUUGGUAAUCCAUUGACCCUCCCGCUGAGGUCCUUAACACGAUUUUUCACCAUUUGUUUUUGGUGCGUUUUUCUGCUUGUGUUUUCCAUCGGAAAAGCUCUCCCGAAAGUUGCGCAAAACACCAAAACUCCAUCUCAGUUGUUCUCCUCGAAUUAGUUCUCUCACAAUAUCUUGCUGGCAAUGUCCAAAAAUGCGAGAAAAAAGGCAUUAUAGCCAAAAAGGAACAAAAAAAAAGAAAUUGAAUGAAAAUGGUGAAAAUCUCAAAGUAAAUCUACCACCAACUGUGAGUGUCUUCCUGUUGUGAAAGGAAGGAAGGAAGACAUUGAUAAUGACGAGAAACUCAAUAAAUCCAUUCCUCCAUCCACAAAAUGUCUCUGCAAGUGCCAUUGGAAAAAUUGCUCUCUUUUUCUCUCUAUUUUCACUUUUUGGCGAUAUUUUCUCAUGACUCAUUUUCACACAUAUAGUCAGACUGAGUGGCUCUAAAUAUUUUUGCGCACAGAUAUGUGAAGCCAAUAGGUGGGGGAUAAGAUAUAGCUUCGUAUGGCUCAAUGAUUAGAUAGAGAUGAAACUGCUAGAAUUCCUAGUUUAAGACUUUUUAAAGUUUUGAUCUAUUCUGAAACGCCAUUCUAAGUUGUUUUAAUAUUCAAAAAUACAAUUUUGAGUUACUAUAAAUUAAUCUGCAAGAAUUUGUCUAAACUUGGAUCAUGCGCUGCGCACAAAGUAUUUCAGUAUUAAGGCAAUAAUUCAACACGCUCCAUGAGAGAUGGAUAUUUCAAAAUUGGUUUGAAAAUAUAAAAUGGUUUAGUAAUGAACUGCCACUUAUAUUACAUUUAUAUGACUUUUUAACAUGUUAUUUAAUAAAGUUAAGGUUAAUAUAAUCAGGUCGAAUAUAUGACAAUAAUAAUAAUAAAAUAAUAAUAAUAAUGGUGGCAUAACGCUCCAUAGAGGAAGUUAGGCCUUCCCGCAAAGGGAGUUCAGAACAUUCAUUAUUAUUUUUUCUUAUACAGGGAUGGGGUUGUCAGUUGUCAGUCCCAUGCCUCGUGGAAUAAAGUGAACUGAAGCUCACUUGAUGCAAUUCGAGCAUAAAUAACGGCACAAAAAUUCCUAGUGAUCUACAGGAAUUCGAACCUGAGACACCUGCGUCAUAGAGCAAUUGCUCUACCACUUGAUCCAUCAGUCACUCGGGGUGGGUUAAAGUUAUAGUACUCGCCCUAUGAUGUAAGUGUCCUGGGUUCGAAUCUAAUUUGAGUCAUCUGGAUCUUUUUUGGCAUUAAAUUUAUUUAAAUUGUAUUCAAUGAGCGUCAAUUCACUUGAUUUCCCGAAUCAUGAGACUGAAAACCUCAUCCCUGUAUCAGGGAAAUAAUAAAGAACAUCUACAAAUCUUAUAUUCAAAAAGGCAUAGCUCUUCUAUAGAAUAUGUCAGCAUUAUUAUUAUAUUUUAGAAUUCAUUUGGGCCAUAUUGACGUUUUUAUGUUUAUUAAUUUUUUUAUUCCCUGUUGUAUUAAUUCCUUAUGAGUAAUAACUUUUGUGUUGUAAACAUGUUUUUGACAUUUCAAUGAAAGUGAAUAAAUCAAGUUCUACACAGUAAAAAAUUGUGUGAGAAAUAAAGUUGUGUAUUUGAAAAGUUGUGUAAAUUCACAAGCAAUAUGGUUGUAAAUUGUAAAAUUACUAUCAUAGUGGUGGUACGAUACUAACAUAAUGCUAGUAAAAUUAUGUAUUGUGUAAGGAAAUUUGUGUAUUGGAAAAUUUGUGUGAGAACUGUCAAAAUUCCAUUGUUUACUAUUGCAACUUUUCUAAGAUUUGAGAUAGAUUUUGCAUUUUUAACUGCCUAAUUGUCUUCUGGAAUCAUUCAUUGGAUUCUUAAAAUGUGCCUCAGUCGUGAAAAAUUAGGAAUAAUUAUGUAAUAACAGAAAACACAGGAAGCAUCAUGUAAAUUAGAAAAAUUGACGAUGCAACUCUUGGCCAUUUGCUGAAGAGAAGUAAGCAAGUCGGUAGCGCAGGCAGAAAACACGAGACCAUCAACGCAAAGAUUAUGGGUUCAAGUCUCAGACUCUCUCUUAUUUUUUCCUUUUUUUAUUCUUUUUUUCUUUUUUUUUCUUAGUUUAAUACCGAGACAUAUCACAGAUAAUACAAAUAAACCGAACAAAAUUGCUCUACAAUCAAAAUUAUAGACAGGAAGCCAUUUUAUAAAAUUGAAAAUACACAACUUUGCCAAUACACAACAUUUCCAAUACACAAAAUUUACAACCAUAGCGCUCGUGCAAAAAUUACCAAUCGUAGUGGUUGUAAAUUUUUUUACUGUGUAGUUAUCUCGCUUGCUCUUAGACCUAGUACAAAAGAAGAUUUGUUAUGUAAACAUAUUUUUGACAUUUAAGUGAAAAUGAGUGUGAUCUAAAUCUAGUCAUCUCGCACUUUCUUAUAGACAGUUUCGAAAACAUGUUUACAAAACAAAAGUUAUUGUGCGUUGGGCAUUAUGAGCGGAUAACAAGAAAUUUUGUUAAUAAACAUGUUUUCAAAAUUUUCUAUAAGAGUGAGCGAGAUGACUAGAUCUAGAUUUCACUCACUCUCAUUGAAAUGUCAAAAACAUAUUUACAAAACAAAAGUUAUUGUGUGCUGGGCAUUAUGGGUCAUUUCCGGGCAUUAUCGACCGUAGGGAAAUUAUUUAACUCUUAUAGUAUCAUUAAAAAAUAUUCUAUUAUACAAAAAAAAAUGUGCGAAGCCUAUAAUAAACUUUUUUUAUUCUUGCAAUGUAUCCAAUAACAUGUGACAAUUUAAUUGAAUUCCUCAAAAACAAGUUCUAUUUUGGUUUCGAUUGUGAAGUAGAAAUUUUUGUUAGACAUAUUGUGUCUGUUAUCUUGAACUUGUUCGCAGGGAUUUGUGGAAUUCACAGGCAAUAUUAGUGACUGUAAAUGCAUAAUUUUGCGUAUUUCUUGUUUGGCUGCCUUCUUGAGAGAUUGAAAAAAGACCACGUCACAAAUUAUAAUGACAUAUCGCGAGUAAAUUUGAUAGAUGAGACGUCAAUGUCAAUAAUAUGUGCUAUUUUUAGCUGCGUAUGAGAUAAAAUAUCUUUUUUUGAGAAAUUCUCCCCAGUCUGAUUUUUCGAUUGGUGCAUUAACUUUGAAUAUUUUCGUGGGUGAUCAGUUUUUUUUUUACAUUUUUUGUAUUUCUACUGGGGAAAUUAUUUAUUGGAAAAAAUUUUCCCAUGACACCUUCUUAUACAAAGAACCCUGAUUUUCUAUAAUCUCUUGAGACAUUCUAUCAUCAUAUUUAUGCAUUCAUGUCAACAAUGUUGAACUUAUUGGAUAGAUCUUAUCACAAUCAAACAAUAUUUUCUACGUAAUUGAGCACUUUGAGUAUAAUGUGUGGCUGUCUUAGAAGACACUCUACAAAUUAUCAAUCUCGGUGGUAUAAUGUUCGUUCACAUUUCCAUUAACGACUUUUCUGGGUUGUUUUUCGGCUCUGGAGGCAUACGAUCAAUUGGCCUUAUAUUUUACACAGCUAUUAAAUGUCAAAUAACAUUAAUUUUUUUUUUCGUCUUAUGCGAUGUUUAUGUUGAUAAAAGUGCGAGACAGAGGGAAAGGUAUUUAAGAUACAAGGUGACGUUUGUUGUUUUUUCUCCAUGCGUAUUAAUUUUAUCAGAGUAUCAUUGUAAAAUAGUGCGAAUUUUUAUUUGAUUAUCUGUCACCUGUUUUUUUUUUGUUUAAAUUACAUUGUUAGAAAUGGGAAGAUAAGUGUCCUUUGAAGGGAUUAUGCUGGUCAUCCUUUUCUCAAAUGCAAAUCUCUGUAGGUUUUCUGGAUGAAAAAUCAUCUGAAUGUGUUUAUGGUGUAAAAGAUAGAGACACACGAUGGAAAAAGGCGAAAAAAGAUUGCAGCUACAAGAUUAUAGGAGUCAUUGAUGCGAUAACCUUGCGACGACAAAUGAAUUUGUAAUAUUUUCAUUGCUUCACACUUCUUCACGCUGGAAUGGGAAAAUAAAAGUGAGGUCUCUCGGGAAAAUUGACAGCAUUUUUUUUGGUUUGGGGAAAUAGAUUAUUUUGUUUAAAACUAUUUUUAGAUUUUUUUAAUUAUAAACUUAUUGUCGUUGGGAAAGGUAGUUUUUUUUAUCUAAAUUGAGAAUUAGAAACAUUUGAUGCACCCUGUAGUUUUAUUAUUAUUUAGAUGUUAUUUAAUGUGAAUAAUAUUUUGGGUGCUUUUGGGAAUAUGUAUGUUGAGCUUUUCUAGCAAUAAAACUAUUCAGCUCAUUCUAACAUACACGACCUACACUGUGGAAAAUGGGAGAGAAUAGGAAAGCUGUGGUGCUAUUUUUCUAUGUAUGUAUUCAAGGCACGAAAUAGCAGAAACUUUUGUGUGUUUGUAUGUGUACGUGUAAGAUGACGAUGAUGUAGAAAAACUUGGAAAAGGAGGUGAAGAGCUAGGUAAAACGGUGGUAGACUGUUUAAGAAUUAUUCAAGUAUUGGUGUAUAAAUGUGAGAUUGUGUUGGAUUGGUUGCGCGUGUGUGUCGUCACCAAAAGCUCCCCACUUCUCGUGAUCCACCGACCGGUUGCUCCUACUCACUCUCUCAUGUGACACUGUGCAUCUAUCCAUUGCACUUGACAAUUUUUCUGACGACGCAAUUUCUGCUCCCAACUUCAGUAUGAGUUCGCAUUUCAUAUCGGUUGGAUGGUGGUACAUUUUUUUACACUGUAUCAAUUGAAAAUUGGACUUUAGGGGUACUUCAUUUACCUUUGAUUUUGAGUGGUUGUACAACGUUUUUUUGGGUGUAGGACUCUCUCGUGUUGCGCCCAACUAAACCCAAGGAUAGUGCUAUAUUGAGGUCGGAAAAAUCAAUAGGAAAGGAUAUUGAAUUGGAUUGUGUGGUGGAAACACCAAUUUUCAGUGCUCUUGAAGUUCAGAAAGGCACCAAAAAGGCGACUAGUGAUUAAAACAAAAUAAAAGAAAAAAGAAACAUAAAAGUUUUAUAGAUCAAUUCUAAGGGAGUUGUUGAUAGAUUUUCAUUAAGAAAAAUUUCCCAGUUAGAAAAUUAGGGGGAGAAUCUGAAAAGUGUAGUGAAAAUUGAUGUGUUUUCCCAGUUAUUGCCACUGAAAAAUUUUGAGAUAGUAUGCGGAGACAAGUAUGAAAUUCAAGUGACGUGGAAUGUAUUUUUACAGUGAUGUUAAAAUACAUAAGAAUUUAAUUGCAACUGUAUAACAAAGGUGGCUGGCGUUACAGCGACCACGGAGCGUCCUUCUGCUCCACCAGCGCCUUCACAGGGUCCAUCGCCCGUGCAGCUAACAGAUGAACCCCACAUGUCAAUUGCGGCAGCAGAAAAUGCAGGGCUUGGCCCGUGUGAUCUACCUCUGCCGGAUCAGUGGGUCACCCAUUCCCACACACAAUUGUCACAUCUUCAGUCACACUCCGUCGCCACGACGUCCGCGGGGGGCGUCAUUCCGCUCUCGCUCGCGUCUCCGGCGACCACAGCUGCCCUCGCGGGCCUUCACCAUCACACGACGCCGCAGCAGCAUUCACCCCUGCAGCAGUCGUCAAAAAUAAUGAAUGCCGUGGCGCCGGCUGUGGCGUGCCCGCCCACGAGCGCCGCCACCAAGAAGAUUCGCCGGAAGCAGGAGAAUAAACCACAGUCGCAGAUCAACAAGUGUAACAAUGAGAAGCGGCGUCGAGAACUUGAGAAUGAAUAUAUUGAGCAGCUGGGUGAGUUCCUGCAGAUCAACAAACGCGACAUGACCUCCUGCAAGCCAGACAAGGCGGCCAUCCUCAAUGAAGUAGUGAAAACGUUUCGUACGUUGUUGGAGAAAGGCAGUCGAGAAUUGUCAUCGUCCAGAUGUUCUAAAUGCCCGCCAGACUGUGCUGACUCCUGCACGGUACAUCCCGUUCAGCAGGGCGAUGUGUCCUCGACGGAACCUCCUCUACCUGAGCCCUCAGUCAAUGGUCAGUCACCCGAAAUCUCGGCAUACUUUGAGGCUGUGGAGCACUAUAUCUCAUCAGCUGGAUGGGUACUGCUGGAGAUCAAUGCCGAGGGUAUUAUUGAGUGCGUGACUGAGAAUAUCAAGGACUUGAUUAUGUUCACGCGGGCUGAACUCAGUAGACAGUCAAUCUAUUCGUACCUGCAUCCUGGUGAUCAUGGGAAACUUAGUCCCAUUCUCAAUAAUAUGUCCUUUACGGUUGGCUGGGGUGCCACUGAGGAUGAUUCACAGUCUCCGCAGCAGCCUCAAGUGCCACCGGGGUCAAAUCAGGCUGGAAGUGGCGGAAAGAGGUCGAUAAAGACGCGAAUACGGAUGUUGGUGAAGCAUCCAGAAGCUGCUGGUGAAACAAUUGAGCAGAAACAGCAGCGAAUGGAUAAGUACGAAGAAGUGGUGAUCAUAGCGGCUCCUGUGAAGGAUGAUGGUGAUGAAUGUUCAUCUGUGCUGUGUUUGAUCACACGGCCUGAAGAUGAUGGACCUCUGGAGAAUUCUGGAGCACUUCCACAACGGGAUCUCGAACAAUUGACGCUAAAAAUUGAACCUAGUGGGAAGAUUAUUAAUCUCGAUGCGAGUACGUUAAGGGAGACAUUUGCCCAGAGCCUAGCCAAAGAGCCGCUGAGAUCCAUACAGGAUCUGUGUCAUGUGCAGGAUCAGCAUGUACUGAAGAUGCACUUGAAGGAAGUGCAUCAGGGCACCAAUUCCAUGGCAUAUUCAGCGGCCUAUCGGCUCAGACUAGGUGGUCCGGAAGCCUAUGUUCACGUUAAGGUGACAUCUAAGCUUUUCCGGAGCACCAUUCAUGGCGAGAGUGACUUCAUCAUGGCUGUGCAUACGAUUCUCAUGGAUGGAGACUCUGGUGAUCAGCAAAUGGCACUGAUGGGAGGACCUUCGGGGAUGGGGUCACAUUUGGCAGCUGGAGGAUCCGGAAGUAGUAGUGGUAGUAGUAUGGGAGGACCCCUUAUGACAAGUGUCAUGAACGGAGGGGUAGGAACUCUGCAAGCCUCUGCAGGAAGAUCCACCAGCGUUGUAACUUCCUUUUCGAGCCCUCCAGCCUCCGACUGCAGUAAUUUCUUUGCCACAGAGUCUCUAAUUGACUUUGACAUCCCUCAUUCUACAAUCCUGGACAUGGAUGCUGUGGGAGUGACCUGGGAUACGAGGCCAGACUCCAGGGCCAGUGUUACUCCCGUCAGCACUCCUAGACCUCCCUCUGUCUCAGCCUAUAGUCCUGUAGCUGCUCCUAUUUGUCCUUCUCCUCUGACCUACCACUCAGCUAAUGCUGGUGGCCAGGCAAGUCCUCAGAACAAUAAUAACAGCAGCAGUGUCAACAACAACACCAACGCAAACUUCAGUGGAAACUUCGGUAACUUUCCUGGGGGGUUUGAGGACAAGGAAAAGGCGGGUAUGGAGCAGCAGCAACAGAUGGUAAUUGGGCAGAAUCAUGACUCUGAGAGGCUGAGAAAUCUGCUGACGACGAAGCGGAGUCAACCAAUUGGGGCACCGGGCACAAGUGCCAUGGAUGCAGAUGCAACAGCUCGCAACACCAAUAGGAUUCUCAAGGUGAGUCAUCAGCCAGGAAAAAAGCCCCCUGAGACUCAUCUGAAGUCUGUGUGUGCGCAGGGUCUCCUCAAUGCCGAGGAGGAGAAGGAUGCUGCCAAUCCAGCUUAUGCGAAGAUGAAUGCGGGCACGGCCAGAAUGCCCCAAGGCAGACCCAGGUCGGUACAGGAGAACAAGACCAGCAACAAUAACAUGCUGCUGCAGCUACUCAAUGAUAAGAGUGAUGAUGAUGAUCCGGAAUCGCGAGGGAAUCGUGUGCCCAGUGAAUUGCUGCGUCAGCUGCAAAAAAAAUUGAAUCCCAAGGAGGACACACCGAAGGAACACAAUCAUGCUAAUCAGCAGAUUGGGAAUGAGGAGUUGAUUCAACUGCUGCGAUUCCAAGGCAAUGACUUUGGUAGGAAGCGUUCGUCGAAUGAGCCGGAUGAAGGUGGGGCGGCCAAAAGGUCCGACGAGAAGCCAUCGUUGUUGCGCGAGAAGAACAAAAUGCUGGCAUCACUGCUGGCCAAUCCGUCAAAGGCACCCACCACCGUGCUCCCAUCGACGGCCAUGCAAGUGAAGAUAAUUCCCGAUAUAACGCCGUCCAGUAUUAAUUCCCGGGUCACAAAUACCAGCAAUCAGCAGCAACAUCUAACCAAUAACAACAACACUAUUAUGAGCAACAAUAACACUAAUAGCAACAACCAAAAACAAAUAGUACAACCGUUGAACCAAGUUCGACCGCCUCCGCCAUCAAUUCGUAAGCCUUCCGAUGUCUACCUCAACCAAAUGCCAAGUCAGCAGGAUAUUAGCAAGAAUCAACAGGUGAUGCAACCGCCAGUAUCACAUCCACAAGAUUUCCAAGUGGAAUCAGGGUCCUUCGCUACAUCAACUGCCGUAACUCCAUCCCAGCCCCAUCAAGAGUGGGACCCGGAGCUAUCUGAGAUUCUAAAUGAAGUUAUUGACAUUGUGCCAGACACAAAUUAUCCCGACAAUGAUUUAAAUAAUAUUCUGGGCACUGCUAUUAGUACAAUUGAUACGUCAUCUGUGCCAUCGGCACCAGCUCAGAGUCAGCAUCAGGAUCUCAAUGAGAAGCUAAUGAUAAAUGCCAUUCAGAAGUCACUGAUGCAAUUUGAGAAUAAUUCAGUGUUUAACAGCAGUCCACCGGCAUAUCCGGCUAUGCAUUCCGGACCACCGACAGCCGGUGGUUCUGUUACGACGCACCAGCAGAGUCAGGGAUUCCCAGCGCCACCACCAAUUUACUCACAGCGCUCUCAGCGGAUGCCCCAAAUGAUUCCGGCUGGGCAUCAACAGCAGCAGCAGCAGCAACAACAACUCAAUGUGACGGCUGUGGCAGCGAGAUUUCAGCUAAUGCAGCAGCAUAGGUUGAUGCAACAGCAACAGCAAAAGGAGCAACGUGAGAGGCUGCUACAGCAACAACAGAAACAACAAAUGGUCGUUCCGGUGAAUGCCACAGCAGGAGCUGAUCAGUUGUGCCUAAAUCCCGGGAUGACUAAUAUUGAGUCACUUCUGAACAACACAGUGGCACCAAAUGUAUCUCUUCAGCGUAGUACGAGUGUUGUGUCAGAUGCACAACUCAGUCCUGGUUUUACGCAGCCAAUGAUGCAGCCACAGCAGCAGAAUUCCAAUCAACGAACACCGUUUAGUCCACAACCAAAUCAAGGCUACCAACAGGCGUCUUUUAGUACCAACAAUGGUCAGCGCCUGUCACCGUUGCAACAGCAACAACUCAGUCAACAGCAGCAGCAACAACAACAGCAACAGCAAAUGGGGGGAUUUUCGGGAGGUACUAGCGCCAAUGGAACAGCUCAGUUGUCUCCACGACAACCGCCAUUUGGUGGACAGGGUGCCAUUCAUCAGCAACAAACACCACAAGCCGUUGCCACAUCCGUUCAGCAGCAGCAGCAACAGCAACAACAAUGGACUCAGCAGCAAUCCAAUGUGAGGUUAUCGCUGCAGCAGCAGCAAAAUCCAAUGCUCAAUGCCCAGCUCACGAAUGUGGUCGGCUACAACUCGCGACAAUUCCAGGCGCAACGUCAGCGAUCUCUCAAUUCCCCUGGUACUCCAGUGAGUCGCCAGAACUCCUUUCCUGGUCCCGAAGGCUUUCCCGGACCACCCAGUCCGACACAGACUCCCUACGGAGCAUCUCCAGGCACAAAUGUUGUGCCUGGACAGGCGGGUGUAUUCAAUCAGCAACAACUGAGGAUGCAACGACAAGCCAGUGUGCCUCAGGCCACACAGCAUUUACCAGGAUCCCCGAGGUCUUUUGGCGCUCCCGAUGCCACGGGAUAUGGAAUGAUUUACAACAAUAUGCAACAUGCACAAGGCUCAGGGGGCGAUUUUUAUGGCCGCCCACAGUCCGGGGCUAACAACAACGGCGCUCGUGAGUUUCUACGGGCUCACGUACAGAAUCGUCAGACGGGCCAAGUAAGAACACCCCAAAGUCCGCACAGUGGCAUGGGUCAGAGUCCUCUGGUAGGAAAUCCGGCCAGUAGUGGAAUUCCGGGUGGAGGGGGUGGUACUGGGCAGCAGCAACAAUCACCGCAGCAACAGAUGGGAGCAGCACCUCUUCUCAAUACACCGCCCGAUCAGACAUUGGGUUUUAACUUUGAUAUGUCGCAAUCAGGUGCAGCUCAUGUUGAGGAUAAAUUGUCAUCAAAUUGGUCAACGGAUGAUCAAGUGUCGUCUGGUUUGAGGAUUUCUUCGGAGGGAGUGUCACCCGGUGACCCUAAAAAUUCAUGUCUAUUGCUCCAGAAACUCCUGUCGGAUUGAAUUUUGGCCUGGUGAUGGACAAGAGGACAAAGAACGAAUUUUUUUCUCUAUCGGGAAUGUGACCAGAAAAGAAAAGUGCCGUGGAAAAGUUGUAAGUAAAAACAUUGAAUGCUACAAAGAGUAUAAAUUUGUAAAUUGAAAUUAUAAAAAAAAAAUAGUGAGAAAGAGGAACAGAAAAAAAACAUAAAGAAUUGUGAUGUUUAAACUAUUGGUGAAGAUUGUGGAGAAGGGUGAAAAAGAAACAAUGUUGAAAGUAAAAAAAAAAUGAAAACAGAAGAUAUUUUCAGGAGAUGUAAAUAUAUUUUAAAAUUUUUUAAAUUGUUGACUCUACUAAAAAAAAUUGAUUAAAAAAAUACAAAAAGAAAGUAUAUAUUCUAUAUUAAAAAAAAGAAACAGAAAACAAAUGAAAUGGAAAUGGAAAAAGAGGGAUAAGAGAGUGACAAAAAAACAUGGGUUUUUACAAGUUGGUGGGUAAGGUAGAGUGACAGGAAGAUACCUAAAGAAAAGAUGAAUUAAAUACCUCUAUUUUAGUUCAAAAGAAAAAUUCACAUGAAAGGAAUGUUGAGAUGAUGGUUUUUCUUUUUUUUUUAACAAGAAAUUCACAAUAAACAGACUCAAUGAUUAAUAUUAAAAGUGAAAGAAAGUGAAGUGAAUGGUGGAAGUGUUUAAGAAAAAAAUGAAAAGAUACAAUAUUGACUUAAAAAGAAAAGAAAUUGAAUAUUUUUCUGAUACCGCAAAACAACAAAUAAGUUAAUUUUAGGGUACUAAAUAUAAAAAAAAUGAGGAUGUAUCUUUAUAAACAAAAUGAUUAAAGAAUGUGAAGUGAAAAGUAAAAAAGUAACAUAGUGAAUAUAUAACUUUUUUAAUUGCAAAAGUAAAAGAAAAAUAGAAAGAAAACAGUGAGUUAAAAAAAGUGAAAAGAUGUGUAAAUAGUGAAAAAAGUGGUAAAAGAAAAUAAUAUAUAAUUAUUUGUGAUAUUUGUGAUUUACUAUUAAUUUACGAGAGUAAAGUAAUUGAAAGAUAAAAAAUAAAAGAUAGAAAAAAAAAAGAUUUUAAAAAAUCCACAAAAAAAAUUAUUGAAACAUUUUUAAUAUAAUUUGUUACAAGGAAGUAUAAGUGAAAGAUAGAGUUAAAAAAUACAUUAAUAAUGUGAGAAUAAAAAUAUGUUAAUGACUUAAAAAAAAAUGAGGAAGAGAGAGAGAAAAAUUAAAAAAAUAAUUAUUGAAACCUUAGUUUACCACAUCUCCAAAUCACUUUUUUUUAUUAAAAAAAAAACAAAUCUUUUUCUUUUUUGUUUACUAAAAGAAUGAGCAAAUAGAGCGCGAACACGAUACAGUUGUGUACAAAAAAAACUAAAAAAAAACACUGAUUUAAAGAAAGGAAAGAUAUAUUUAAGAAACAAAACAAAAAAUUACUAUAUAUUGCUAUUAUUGUAAUAUUUAGAAAUAUGAGGAAGGAAAAAAAACGAAAAAAUAAAAUCACAAUAAUUUUAAAAUUUCACAAAUCACACACUAAAAAAAAUGAAAACUAAAUUUUUGACAAAAAAAAAUCAUUCUACAUUUCUAACACUCAACUGUCAAAUAUCUCUUUGUACAUAAUAAAACGUAAAAAGUUGUUUUUUUAUUUUUGUUUUUGUUAGAUUUCAAAAAGAACAAAAAAUGCGAGAGGGAAUAAAACAAUCACAAAAACUGUAAACUAGCAAAAAAAAAAUCUUCAUUAAUUUUCUAUUGAAAUAAAGCAAGAAAAAAUCUAUUGAUAUGGAAAAUUAAAUUAGCAAAAACGGUUUCGCAAUUGAAUUUUUUUUCUUAAAAAGAGAAAAAAAAGUGGAUAAAACAAUGACAAAAAAAUCACGAGAUACUUUCUAUUGCUACAAUUUUAGAGGAAGUAAAAGAAAAACGGUGAGAUUUAGAAAUGGAGGGAGCCCAUAAAAUAACAUUUAAAAUAUAGAGGACAAAAAAACUCACUUCAAAUAUUUUUAGCGUAUUAGAUGAUGUAAUAGAAAUAUUUAAAACAAAUAAAAAAAAACACGUGGAAAUUAAAGAGGUAGAAAAAAAAUGGAAAAGACUGUCUGUGCCCGAUAAAAGUUUUAAAACAAAAACAAAAUCUUUAAUCAAUAUCUCCCUCUUUGAGAGAAAAUGAAAACACAAGCUAUGCAUUACAAAAAAAAAUCGUAAGAAAAAAACGUUGUUACAUUCUUUGUUGUCAAUUUCAGUGCACUGAAAACAAAUAAUUAUCUCAUUGACAAAACAUUUUGUAGAGAACGAGAAACAUGUGUACACAUAACAAUUUCUUACCCAUCUCUCCCCUAAAAUUUUCAUUAUGAACAUUUUCACCGAAUUCCGUAUACGAGAUAAAAUAUUUUAUUUACCUUUCUCUGUUAAUUUAUUUUCCUUAUACAGAUUUUCCGAGAAAAAAACAAAUAUUAAAAAAAAUCACUAGAAAGAGAAAAAAAAUUUUUAUAAAACCUGUUUUUUUAUUCAAAAUAGAUUAUUUGGUUUUGGAAAAAAAGAAAUAAGUGAAUAAAAAAAAUGAGAUGAUUGAGAGAUUUGAACUCAAGAUGAAAAAAAAACAGAAGCAUGUUGGAAAAUCUUCUCUGUCUCUUUCUGUGGAUGAAUGUUGUUAUGUGUGACAAAAAAACAA